AUGUCUGAGUCGGGGGAGAUUAGUGAAUUUGGCUACAUCAUGGAAUUGUUAGCCAGAGGCAAGGUUACCAUUAAGAAUAUCGAAAGAGAGCUCAUUUGCCCGGCAUGCAAGGAGCUGUUCACCCACCCGUUGAUUCUCCCUUGUCAGCAUAGCAUCUGUCAUAAAUGCGUGAAGGAGCUCUUACUGAUGCUUGAUGAUUCAUUCAAUGAUGUGGGGUCUGACAACUCCAAUCAGAGCAGUCCUCGACUUCGGCUUCCCUCCCCUAGCAUGGAUAAAAUUGACAGAAUUAGCAGACCAGGCUGGAAGCGCAAUUCACUGACCCCUAGGACAACCACUUUUCCUUGCCCUGGCUGUGAGCAUGAUGUGGAUCUUGGAGAGCGGGGAAUCAAUGGUCUGUUUCGAAAUUUCACUUUGGAAACUAUUGUUGAAAGAUACCGGCAGGCAGCCAGGGCAGCCACAGCCAUUAUGUGUGACCUUUGUAAGCCACCACCUCAAGAAUCCACAAAAAGUUGCAUGGACUGCAGUGCAAGCUACUGCAAUGAAUGCUUCAAAAUUUAUCAUCCUUGGGGUACCGUAAAAGCACAACAUGAGUAUGUGGGUCCAACUACGAACUUUAGACCCAAGAUUUUGAUGUGCCCAGAGCAUGAAACAGAGAGGAUAAACAUGUACUGUGAAUUAUGCAGGAGGCCAGUCUGUCAUCUCUGUAAGUUGGGUGGUAAUCAUUCCAAUCACCGCGUAACCACCAUGAGCAGUGCCUACAAAACCUUAAAGGAGAAGCUUUCAAAAGACAUUGAUUACCUUAUUGGCAAGGAGAGCCAGGUGAAGAGUCAAAUUUCUGAGCUAGACUUGUUGAUGAAAGAGACAGAGUGUAAUGGAGAGCGGGCUAAAGAAGAUGCAAUUACACAUUUUGAAAAGCUCUUUGAAAUCCUAGAAGAGAGGAAAUCAUCUGUUUUGAAGGCAAUUGAUACUUCUAAGAAACUAAGAUUAGACAAGUUUCAGACUCAAAUGGAAGAGUACCAGGGGCUGCUGGAGAACAGUGGGCUCGUGGGGUACGCUCAGGAAGUGCUGAAGGAGACGGACCAGUCUUGCUUUGUCCAGACGGCAAAGCAGCUCCACGUCAGAAUACAGAAAGCUACAGAAUCUCUGAAGAGCUUUAGACCUGCGGCUCAAACUUCUUUUGAAGACUAUGUUGUUAACACAUGUAAACAAACAGAACUUCUUGGAGAAUUAUCUUUUUUCUCAAGUGGUGUAGAUGUGCCAGAGAUCAAUGAGGAACAAAGCAAAGUUUACAACAAUGCUUUGAUAAGUUGGCACCAUCCAGAAAAGGAUAAAGCUGAUAGCUAUGUCCUUGAAUAUCGCAAGAUUAAUCGAGAUGAAGAAAUGUUGCCUUGGAAUGAGAUAGAAGUGUGUGGCACAAGUAAAGUCAUUUCCGAUCUUGAGAGUAAUUGUAACUAUGCUUUCAGAGUAAGAGCCUACAAGGGUUCCAUCUGCAGUCCUUGCAGCAGAGAACUGGUUCUUCAUACUCCUCCAGCUCCAGUUUUCAGCUUCCUGUUUGAUGAAAAAUGCGGCUACAAUAAUGAACACCUCCUGCUGAACUUGAAGAGAGACCGUGUGGAAAGCAGAGCUGGAUUUAACCUCCUGCUUGCUGCGGAGCGGAUCCAAGUGGGUUAUUACACCAGCUUAGACUACAUCAUUGGAGAUGUUGGGAUUACUAAAGGGAAGCACUUCUGGGCCUUCCGUGUGGAGCCGUAUUCGUACCUGGUGAAAGCAGGCGUCGCUUCCAGUGACAAACUGCAAGAAUGGCUCCGGUCUCCCCGGGACGCAGUUAGUCCAAGAUACGAGCAGGACAGUGGGCACGACAGCGGAAGUGAGGACACCUGUUUUGAUUCUUCACAACCCUUUACGUUAGUCACUAUAGGUAUGAAGAAAUUUUUCAUUCCCAAGUCACCGACUUCUUCUAAUGAACCUGAAAACAGAGUCCUUCCCAUGCCAGCAAGCAUAGGGGUCCUCCUGGACUGUGAUAAGGGCAGCGUGGCCUUCUAUGACGUGGACCACAUGAGAUGCCUGUAUGAGCGACAGGUGGACUGCUCGCAUGCCAUGUAUCCGGCCUUUGCCCUGAUGGGCAGCGGGGGAGUCCAGCUCGAAGAGUCCAUCACAGCCAAGUACCUUGGCUACCAGGAGAGCAUGUAG